GUGAGGAAUCUGGAGGGCCGUCCCUGCCUGUGAGUCAUCACCGGUGCCCAGACUGCUAGCAGACUCAAAAAAAGGGACCUCUCUUUUCAGCUUGACGUGUAUAACGUUGAUUUUAGUUUUUGGACAACAUAUUUUCUCCAGUUUUUCCAGAUUUUCAAUGCAGGGGAUGUUUAUAAUAUAUUACAGAGGCUGAGUCACUUGCCCCGCCCCAGGACACUGCCAGAGAGCUGACAUUGCUGUGAGCCAAACGCGAUCUCAGUAAAGACAAAACAUGGCUGCUGCACUCAUCACAGAGAACUUUAAGUUUGUGUCCCUCUUCUUCAAGAGUAAAGAUGUGAUGAUCUUCAACGGUCUGAUCGCUUUGGGCACUGUGGCCAGCCAGACUGCGUACAGUGUUUUUGCCUUUAAAUGCCCGUGUUCCUCUGGAAGGAACUACCUCUACGGCCUGGCAGCCAUUGGUGUUCCAGCGCUUGCAUUUUUCCUCAUAGGAAUAAUGAUGAACAAGAACACCUGGGACCUGGUGUCCGAGUGUCGGCUCAGAUUGUGCCGGAAGCUGUCGGGGGCCGCAGCCUUUAUGCUGCUGGGAAGCAUCAUUGGUCGAGCUGUGGUGGCUCCACUAACAUGGGUGGUUAUCUCUUUGCUGCAGGGACAGGCAUACACAUGUGCCCUCAGUGAGUUUAUUGACCCCAGUACGCUGCCGGGCUUCCCCUCAGAUAAGGGUUCAGAUGUCAUGGCGGAAUUCCCGUGUCCAGGAGCUGUUCCAAAGGAGCUGCAAGGCUUCUGGCCUGAAAUUGAGCGGCGACUGAAUUAUGAAUCUCAGCUGAUAGGCUGGUUGCUGGUGGCAGGAAUGUCCCUGGUGGUGUUCCUGAUGCUCUGUUUAAAGCGCUGCGCCUCUCCUCUUGGCUACCAGCAGGAGGACUACUGGUCUCAGUACCGCUCUAAUGAAGACAACCUGUUCAACCGCACGGCAGCAGUCCAUGCUCGCCUCCUGGCUGCAGAGAACGUUAAGAACUUCUUUGGCUUUGUGGCACUGGAGAAGGAAGAGAAGGAGCAGAUGACUGGGCAGAGUGCUCGUCCUAUCUGCAGAGCUAACUGGAACAGAGUGACUGGUGUCUACCUCUACAGGGAGAAGAAUGAACUGCCUCUUUACAGCAGGCUCAACAAAUGGGUCACGUACAGCCAGGAGAAUAACGUGGAGGCCAUGGACAAAGAGAUUGACAUGCUCAUCUGACAGCAUUCUUCUGAAAGGUGGUCCAGUGGCUGCUACCAUAAAGGCGUCAGUAUGCUUUAAAUAGAGGGCUUUUCAUCAAACAUCUGCAAAGUCCUUCAGCUCACUGAUCUGAGAACUUUUUUUGAUAAUUUACAAACUUUCAGAAACUUACAGUUUGACAAUCACACACACAAUUUCCAGUGGAAUAUAACACUAGUAUACCAGGGUAUUUAGAAAUCCAGACAAUAUGACAACGAUUUUCUACAACUUAAUGUCUCUAAAUCAAAAUAUAGACGGUUGGCAGUAAGAUAGAGGGAGUACAGUUCAGAUGUUUGAAUCACAUGUUCAUCAAGGAGGUGCUUAUAAAAGCAAUGGCCAUUUGCUCAGAUUGUGCACACCCCUUUAAUUCAGAGUAUAAACUGUUACCAUCUAGCCUGCGCUUCAAGGCCCUUAUUAUCAUAAAAAACAGGUAUAGGAAUUCCUUCAUAGCAGGAGAAGCUAACUGCUGCUGUUGUGGACAAGUCCAUUACCUUGGUGAUGGGUGGGAGUGGGGAUGCUGGAGAUGGUGAUGGUGAUGAAGACGGUGGUGGUGAUGAUGGUGAUAAUGAUAGCGAUAAUUCUGUUUGUAAUGUUUACUUAAGCCUACUUGAAGUGUAGUAUAUCUUGUCUUAUCUGAAGUGUUGAUCUUGUGGUGACUCAGAGGCCCAGAAUUACACGGACAUGUCAAGUUUUGUUUGAUAAUGGAGAUGUACUGGUGCUGUUAAUGAUGAUGUAUACCGGUAUUAUAUUAUAUGCUUAUGGUUCUAGGUUCAGUGAGCUUCAAACUAUCUAUGGGCCCUGUGCUGCUACAGUGGACUUACAGCCUGAUGAGAUGAGCUAAGCUAGCAUUGGUGUGAGCCAUCCGGCCCGUGUUCUCUGCUCUAUAUUUCUAUUAUAUACGGCAUGUUUCUUAUAGUUUGUUAUGUAUUUUUUAUGCUUACUGCAGCACAAAUUGCCUGCUUAUACAAAUAAUAAAUUGAACUGAAUUGAUCCAUAUGACUUGUGAACUGAAGCUCAGCAGGGAUGGAAGAGCAGACAAAGGACAUCAAGUAUGUAAUUAAUGUCAAUUAGCAGGAGUUUACCAUCACUAAUUCAUAGGGGUUUCAUGGUGACCACUGUUCCCCCUUAGCCUCUUUAACUCCACUGUGGGCUGUGGGUUUUAAGUCAUGUUGUAUUUGUAAUGUUGGAACAAGCAGAAACAGAAUCUAUCUUGUCAUAUGUUGUCAUGCAGACAGUAUGGAAAGUAAUUGAUUUUCCAACCUUUAUUUUUAGCUUUAAAACUACUUAAGAAUUUUAGGGAGAAAAUCUGGCUUCAAGCACCUAAAUGUGACUUACAGGAUGUCAUAGAAAAUUCCCACUUUCAUAUACAGUAUAGUAUAGGCUGUACAGAAACUGUGUUUUUUGUCAUUCAUAUACAUAUGAACUAAUAAUCACCAACUUACCACCUUUUUCUGACUUGAAAUGUGAUCUGAAAAUAUAUUUAAUUUUUAAUCCAACAAAAUGUAAGGGUAUUGAGGCGGUAGGUCAUAUUUCAGCAGAUAUUCAGUCAUGAAGAACUGAAACUAACACUGACAUAGAUCCCACACACCUGUAAAUUUUUUGGACACUUUAUCUCAAAUGCUUUGCUCUAAGUUCUAUUUACAAUCAUCCUUUUAAACUUUAAACUUCAUUCAUUAAUAAACCCAAAACCAAAAAGUGUGGCUGUAUUUGUAUGGGCUGAGUCUACCAGUGUGCUCCACCAUCCAGCUACCCCAGAUGUGAUCCUUUAUGUGGUCCUGAUUAAGUCAUACUUUUUAAUGUCUUUCAUUAGCCUAAUUACAAGCAUGGACUCUUGUUAUGCAGUAUUACAUUACCAACAUUAGUGUUGUAGUCAAGACUGCUCAAACCGAGACCAAAUUAAGACCAAGACCAGUCGAGACCAAGACCAGUUCCCUGCAUUGCAUGGUACGCAAUAAAAUGUGGAACGAGAUCAUAGGUGCUUCACAAAUUGAUCUGAAAGAUCCACAUUCCCAUUAAAACACCCACAUACAAACACUAAGAGCUGAAAUCAACGUAAGCAUCACAGGGAGGGGUGACCGUCAUUAAUUAGGGUUAUUGGUUGCAUUUGAAGCAUUAUGUUUUACUUCCAAUCAAAGUUAGGUUGUUAACAAAUGAAUCAGACAAUGCAAAAGCAAAUUAUUGAUAUUCUCAAAGUUACGGUCUUGACUGGUCUUGAAAUAAAAUCCCAAGUCCUCAAUGUCCAAGACCGAGACAAGACCGAGUGCAAAUGCGGUCGAGUCCAAGACGAGACCAAAACCAUCAGAAAGUGGUCUUAGGAGAACACUAACCAGCAUCCCACUUGGGCUGGAUUUGGUUCAAGGAUUUUCAUUACUGGUGCCAAUAUGAUUCCCGUGUCUCUGUAAUAUUCCACAACAAGACAGAGAAACUGACUAACAGUGCAGUUUUCAAUGCUCUCUGCGACAGACCAGGGGACCUUCAGGUCUGCAAGUCAAUGGGAAGAGGAAGGGCAGGGUCCCCAUAUUUGAGCUGUGUCACAUCCUUUAGGGUCCCCAUACACUAGCAGUUGUUUUUUUUAUAUUUUGUUGUAAACGUUUCUUUGCUCAAGAAGUGUUACAAAACGUGAUAUUUUUUAUGAUGUUAAAAACAAGCUAAAUAUUCUUUUUUGUACUGUCUUAGCUGUGAAAGAAAUAUUCUGCUAAAUGACCUAAAAAUACAACCUGGUUGAAGUUCUAUAAAGUGCAGGUGAUGUUAGCCUGCUGAAGAAGCUAACAUUGAUGUACUGUACAACAGACUGUAGUAUAAUAUCUCCUCUGGAAUUAAACUGAAAAUGUAAACCUC